GAAAAAAUUGAUGAUAAGAAGACACUUCGCCGUAUUAGUCGCUUUGUCAACAUCCAUUAUCGUCGUGAAGAUAAUAAAGAAAUGUGCGAAAAAGCUCUUCGUAUUCUCCUAACACAGGAAGAACGAAACGAACUUUUGGCAGACCAUGCUCCAGAAGAGCUCUUGAAAGACUAUGAGAAAAAAAAACAGUUUCAUGAUGCUGGUGAAUUUUUAGCCUCUCGCGGAAAUUUUGAAGAAGCUGCCCUUAUGUUUAGUCGCUCUGCUAAUAAUAAGGAUAUUAUUGAGUCAUUAAGGUGUAUUUUAUAUCCAUGCAGAAUGAAAAUACUUGAAAAUAUGAAAUGGUUGAACUUGGAUACUUCAGAGGAACUACGCAAAUCACUUCAUAAAGCAAAUGACAUAGUAAAAUCAAAAUCGAAGCCAUUAAAAGGAUCUAAAGAAUUUGAGAUCCUUGACGAAGAGAUCAAACUAUAUUCAGCAUAUUUAGAUAAUGAUCUAAAUAGAAUCUCUAAAUGUGUACAGUUUUAUCAAAAAAAUAAAGCUACCGUUUCCGAGUUUCGUGCGAUAAACUUAUGGCUACAAACACCAAAAUCAAAAAUUCAAAUCGAGUACUGGAAUGAGAGAUUGCAAUAUCUUUUAAGGAUAUGCGAUUUAGCAUUUCCCUUUAUAGCCUCACGCAAAGACAAUACCAACAUUGAGAAAGUUCGUAAGGGUUUGGAGAACUUUUUCCUUAUAAGUGAGGUUAGAGACCGCAAGUCGAAGCGAAAAAUUCCAUCUGAUAGCCCCCUCCUUGAUCUUAUCAAUGAAGCUCAUCAAAGAAAUAACGUAGGAAAUUCAGCAGAAGCAAUAAACGAUCAGGAUCAGCAUGUAUAUGACAUGAACGAU